AGGUGCGGGGAGCGGGCAGCCGGCGCCGCCGGUCUCCCGGUGCAGCCGGCCCUGCCCCCGGCCCUCCCCCGUCUGCGGCACCCUGGGACGGGGCUGACGUCAGGAGGAGACGGGGAAAUCUCCCAAGAAAACCCUGGAGCGGCGGCCGGGACUCACACAGCGCCCGCCGGGCCCGGCCCCCCGCCGCCGCCGACCGCACCGCCCGGCAGCCCGGCGCCCCUGCCAUGGAUUCCUUUAAAGGUGGAAUGAAUUUGGAGAGACUGCCAGAGAGCUUGAGACCCCAACCCUCCCAUGACAUGGCUUCCAGCUUCCAUUUGCAAAGAUCUUCGGAACCCAGAGACCCGAUCGACAACUCAGCCAGUGAAUCCUCCGACACGGAGGUGCCAGAAAAGGAGCGCAGCGGCGAGCAGAAGAACGAGGACGGGGCCGCCGACGACCAGGCGAAGAAGAAGAAGCAGCGGCGGCAGCGGACCCACUUCACCAGCCAGCAGCUGCAGGAGCUGGAGGCCACUUUCCAGAGGAACCGCUACCCCGACAUGAGCAUGCGGGAAGAGAUCGCCGUGUGGACCAACCUUACCGAGCCCCGAGUCCGGGUCUGGUUCAAGAACCGCCGAGCCAAGUGGAGAAAGCGGGAGAGGAACCAGCAGAUGGACCUGUGCAAGAACGGCUACGUGCCGCAGUUCAGCGGGCUGAUGCAGCCCUACGACGACAUGUAUGCCGGGUACCCUUACAACAACUGGGCCACCAAAAGCCUCACCCCGGCGCCGCUCUCCACCAAGAGCUUCACCUUCUUCAACUCCAUGAGCCCCCUCUCCUCUCAGUCCAUGUUCUCGGCACCCAGCAGCAUCCCCUCCAUGAACAUGCCCUCCGGUAUGGGCCACUCGGCCGUGCCGGGCAUGGCCAACUCCGGCCUCAACAACAUCAACAACAUCAGCGGAUCCUCGCUCAACUCGGCCAUGUCCUCCCCGGCCUGUCCCUACGGGCCACCGGGCUCUCCCUACAGCGUCUAUCGGGACACUUGCAACUCCAGCUUAGCCAGCCUCAGACUGAAAUCAAAGCAGCACUCCAGCUUCGGCUACAGCAGUUUGCAAAGCCCCGGCUCUAGUCUAAACGCCUGUCAAUACAACAGUUGACGGACUUGACAAAAACCACCUCCGACAAAACAUCGCCGACAAAGC